GUAAUGUACCAGCAGCACACGCGUGCCCAUGCAAAUUAGUAUCUUCUUCGUCGGUUACUUCUAAUUGUCUUUUUUUGUCGGAGGGUGUAGCUAUUUUUCUCGUUCAUUGGGCCAUGAGAUUCUUCUUGAUACUACCACCUUUUCUCUAGCUUCGAACCAAGGGACCAAACCGCCUGUUGCCGUGCUUUGGCCAACUGUUCGAUAUCUUGCGCACGAACGAGCAACGUCCGCAUAUUGAGCCUGUAUUCGCCGCAGCGAAAUUGAACGCAGAUAAUGUGGAUCCUGCCGCUAGUAGGGUAUUUGGGGGUGAUCGUGGGCUUCGCCUUCCUUACUCUAGCAAUAGCUUCAGGACUUUAUUACCUGUCCGAGCUCGUAGAGGAGCACACUGUUUUCGCUCGUCGGCUACUGUCCCGGUUGAUAUACAUUAUCAUCCUGGCCCAGAUUCUUCUUGUCGUGUUUGAUCGAUUCCCUCUCGGCCUCUCAGCCUUCAGUAUCGGCUCGCAUCUUGUAUAUGCCAGCAACUUGCGCCGUUUUCCAAUCGUGAAACUAUCGGACCCCUUGUUUAUCCUGUCGUGUGUUCUUGUGGGGUUGAAUCAUUGGCUCUGGUUCCGUCAUUUUUCGCAGCCAUUGCCUUCGACGCGAAGCCCAACAAGCUGGCGCCACCCUUAUCAAGUCGGCAUUGAGGAUAUGCCCACAUUUACCGAGGUGGCGUCUUACUUUGGAUUAUGUGUCUGGCUGGUACCGUUUGCGCUCUUCGUUAGUCUUAGUGCCGGCGAAAACGUCUUGCCUAGCAUGGGCUCUGAGUAUGUGACAGGAGAGCACAUUUCGAACCCUGGAUUUACUCGCAGUGCUUUAUCAUCGGAUGGCAAAUCCAAGAACAAGGGAAUGGCAAAGGCAUUAGUGGAUAAUGUCCGUUACUGGGUGCGUGAAAACGGGGAAGUGAUGGGCUUUUGGAAAGGAGAACGAUCGAAAAGAUUUUAGGUCCCUAAGAAGUCGUCUCGGUGCUGGUUUACGUGCAGUCAAACAGCACCUGAGAUGUUGGGAAUCUUUUCUCCUAUUUUGGUGUUGUACAACGACAAAAGGGACAGUGGACCCUCCCUCUUGAAUGCAGCUCAUGAUCAGAUAUCAUAUAUUAAGAGUUCCGCUACUGGUAUGUUCGAAUAAGACA